UGCCCACUUUCAGGGGAUCGGAUUGGAGGUAUUAUUCAGCAGCUGACAGACGGAACAUAGAGUGCCUUAAAAGUUUUUGAUAACGGUUUAACAACGGCUUUUACUUCGACCAAGCGUGAACAAAUAAGUACGAGGAGAGAUAUCCAACACACGCCAGCUUCGGGACUUCAGAGACCAUUAGCGCGAGACGAAUCGGACUAUUUACUACAAUGUCCAGCUGGAGGAAUCACGUGCGCACAAGUCUGCACCAGAGGGACAAAAAGGAGAAAGUCCCAUUCGCCGGCGUUUUCACAUGCUUGUCUGAACUGGAAGACCGUUAUGAAAUCCGCCAACAAAUCUUGGACGACGUUCUGUGUAAGAGUUUAGGACGAGGUGGAAUUGACGUGGGGCAAGACUCAAGACUCCUUCAACUUCAGCUGAGAGAAAGUGAACACAUGCAAGAAAAGCUGUCUCAGACUGUCUCUGACCUGACCACCGUCCUGUACCUGAAAGAAGCUGAACUGCAGUACAGACAGGCCCGUGUGUCCCUCUACCGCCAAGAGGCUCUUACUCUGGCAAGAAGAAGUAACACCCAAAGGGCGGCUCUUUCAGAAUUAGAGCACACAAUUGAGCGUCAAUCCAAAGAGUUGGCAGAUCUGCACACUGAGGUGAGAGGACUUAAAAAAGCAUUGGCACAGGCACAGAGAGAGAAAGAAGAACUCGUACAACGCUGGAUGGAGGAGAAGCGGGUGGAGGCAGACCGACUGAACAAAUACAAUGACACACAAGAAAGAUGGCAACGUUUGGCAAAACAGCUGAAGAAGCAGCUUCGAAUUGAAAUUGGAAAAGAGUAUGUUCCCAUAGUGACGAACACUUGGAGUGGUCAGACAGAAAUGCUUCCCACUGCCAUUCGCUGGAUCAACAAUACAACAGAGAUUCGUCGGACACAAUCAGAAAGUGACCAUGUCUCAACUGUGACACAAGUCUAAUGUUCCCAUGGGCUUCUGCAGACAUCAGCUCUUAGCACAUGGAUUACCUCCAUGUCCAUUUCCUUGGUGCCUGUAGGUGAAAAACUAAAACUAAAAGCUUGUAUGAGAUGUAAGACUGACAACCUAGUAGCAGACCUGAUAACUUGAAGUAUUAUGAAAAAUGUGUUUUUUUUUUAAACUUGUUUUUUUUAUCGUUCAAGUAGUUAACUGGAGAUUCUGUCAAAUUAUGUCUAUAUAUAAUUUACUUUGAUUUUUUUUGACAAUGCUGGCUAAUUUGACAUUUUGUGCUUUAACUCAAAGUUCCCAAGUCAAGUAAAGUUAGUUACAAUCUUGAUUUCUCCUGGACUUUGUCUUCAAACUCAGGAGUUUGAGUUGAACAAUCCCUGCCUACCUACAAAACAUCCUUUAAACUUCAUGAGUAAAAAUGACUACAGUUGUAUUUCAACUUUUUUUUUGUUUAUUUGCAAAGAAAAUCAUGUAAAUAAGCCACAUUUGUAUGUACUAGAUCAGAACUUGUAUUGAGAUAAUUAAAGGAAGGUGGUCUUAAAACUUACUUUUAAACACAUUUUAACCAUCUUUGAUGAUGAACAUGUCUCUAUCCCAGAAGAAGAUGUGUAUGUCAUUGUGUACGAGUAGUAUUUUUGUUUUUCUAUGAGAUUUCUGUGAAAAAUAAAGUCACUUAUGAACUA